CCUCCACACUCCGAUCCGCUCCUUCCGCUACAUGCUGCACACAUCACAUCACGUCUGACUGAGCCGCCAUGCCUGCAGAACCACGACGGAACUCGCGCAAGAUCAGCACCGACGACGAGAUAGAACUCAAGCGGGCGAGGGGCGAGGUCUCGUGUGCAGAAUGCCGCCGCCUGAAGCUCAAGUGUGACAAGAAGCUGCCUUGCGGCUCAUGUGUCCGGAGAGGAUGCACAUCUAUAUGUCCCAACGGCAGCCUCUCCGCCGGCCAAGGAACGAGAUUCAUCCUCGCGGAUACAGACCAGCUGCAUAGAAAGAUAUCCGAAAUGAGCGAGCGAAUACGACAGCUGGAAGACGCACUGGCUAUCUUCCAGGCUGGUAUAUCCCACGAACGACAUCCCCUCCUCCGAGAUGAGCUUCUCACCAUCAAGUUCGGCCCUGAGGUGCGGCGAACGGUAGACGAGGAGCAUUCAAGAGACCUAUUAUCGAGCUCUAUCGACGCACUGGGCACGCUGACGGUGGGCGAGCACGGAGAGUCCAAGUACUUCGGCCGUUCUGCCGGUUCCGAGACUUUGAUCUCGACAACAAGUGAUCCCGACGAGGAAGUAGAGGCCGUACCCUCUUUCGAGGCCGAGCUCGCGAACGUCGCCAUCGCAUUCCCACUUGCCAUUGUCGACGAAGGCACCGACGCCCUCCUCGAGAAGCUUGAGGCACACCUACCUCCACAACCCAGAGCUUGGGCGCUCUGCGAGACUUACCUCGAACACACGACGUGGUGGUGCCGGCCCGUGAAGCGCGACGAGCUGAUCGACGACAUCCUCGUCCCGAUCUACAACUGCCUGAAGGACCCGCAAAAGAAUGCGUACCACCGCGACGCGGGCGACGACGACGGGCGCUGCCCGCACCUGCUCGCCGUGCUCUACUUCGUCUUCGCCGUCGGCGCCCUUCUGGACCUGACGCUGCAGCCGUGCAGUGCAGAGGCGGAGCUCUACUACCGCCUCGGGCGCUCGGCGCUCUCGCUGCGCUCCGUGUUCGACUCGCCCGAGCUGGAGACCGUGCAGGCGCUCGUGAUCAUGACUAAGUACCACAGUCUGUGUACACAGCGAUACUCGAUCGAGAGUGCGUGGCGGAUCUCGUCGCUCGCCUCGAAGAUUGGACAAAGCGUCGGACUACACCGUGACAGCGCGCUGUGGAAGCUUGACGACAAGCAUGUGCAGCGCAGGCGAAAUCUCUUUUGGGAGAUGUUCACGCUAGAGAUGAUGCACUGCAUGACAUUAGGCCGCCCACCGUCCCUAUCGUUCCAACACAUCGACUGCGAACUACCAGACGACGACGAGGCGGUGGUGGGCGACGAUGGCAGCGACCUGCGCGGCAUGUGGGCGUUCAAGCACUCGUUCACUCGUGACAUCUAUGCGGGCGUCAUCGACGGCAUGCUUUCCGCGAAGCCGCCCUCGUACGCGCAGGUGCUCGAGUACGACCGCAAGAUCCGGCAGACGUCGCUCCCGAACGUGCGCCUCUACCUGCGCCCGGACGAGGCGAACUACAGCAACCCCGCCGUGGUCUGCAAGUCCUUCUUCCUCUCCCACUUCCGCAGUAUCACGAUGAUUCACAUACACAGGACGUUCUUCGCGCAAGCGCUGCUCGAUAACCCGUCAAAUCCGCUGUCCAGCCCAUACGCGCCCUCCUUCCUCGCCGCGAACCGCUGCGCCUCCAUCCUCCUCCGCAGCUUCCUCCACCACUGGAACCGCAGCCCCGAAAUAUGCAGCCGCUUCUGGGGCAUGUGGACGCACGCGUUCUCCGCCGCUAUUAUUCUCGGAAGCACCGUCACGCGUUCCCCUAGCGCGACGAUGGCGCCAAGCGCUCUCACGGACCUGGACCUCGCCGUCGACUUCUUCGAGCGCGGCGCGGCGAUGAGCCCGCGUGCCCGCCAGGCUCUGCCGAUCCUGCGGAACCUGAAGGACCGCGCGCUGAAGGCGUUCAACGAGUACCGGAACCGGCACAUGAGCCCGUCGCUCGACAUCCAGCUACACAUCGGCGGCCCGGAGGACCAGUUCCAGGACGAGCUUGCGAUCUUCGGCGGGCAGACGCGCGUGCUCACGAACAAGUUCCUCUCGCGCAAGCGCACGCGCUUCCCCGCGAAGCCGCGCGACGCGACCGCGACCACGAGCGCCGCGACCACGCCGGCCUCUGCCGUGUCCCCGAGCUCCGCGUCGACCCCGAUCUCGACGCCCGCCCCCAUGAGCGCGUGCACCCCGAAGACGGCGUCGACGCCGAGCGACGACGGCACGACGCUCCCGCAGAACAUGGAGGAGCAGAUGGCGCACGUGCACCCGUCGCUGAUGGAGUACCUCGCGCUCUUCCCCGCCGCGGCGUCGAUCUCGCUCGUGAACCAGAGCUCGCAGCACGUCCCGAUGGACAUCUCCGACUCGCCGUUCGCGCCGCCGUCCGCCGCGCCCGUGUCCUCGCCCCCAGCGAUGUCCACGUCCUCCGCAUCCGCAUCCAACUCUGUGUCCUCGUCGUCGUCGUUCGCACCCCCGGAUACGCUCCCGGGGGUGCACCCCUCCUCGCACGGCCCGCACCAGCACCAGCACCAACAACAACAGGGCGCGGGAGAUCCGCUGGACUUCUUGAACGUGCUGCCGGUGGGCGGCCCGACCGACCACCUCGUCGACCCGAGCGCGUUCUUCUCGAUGGGCCCGGAGAUGACGAACGCGAUCUUCAACGGGACGUUCGCGAUGGGCGGCGCGGGCGACGCGUCGGGCGACCAGUGGGCGUCGCUCAUGCGCGAGACGGGCAUCUUCGACGUGCAGGGCGCGUUCCGCCAGGACCCCUUUGGGGCCGGCGGCGGCCAGGCGGACUCGUUCCCGCAGUACUAGCGGGGGCGGGGGAAGGCGCAUCUGCUAAUGAACGAACGACAAACGAAUGGGCUAUGACGCACGACCUGUGACGCGCACGAGAGGGGAGAGAGAUCCACGGCUUGGUGUGGCGUUUGUUGCUGUCGACCGCUUGAAUAUCCGACUGUUGAACCCGACUCUACUGUAGCCCUUUGUAGCAUGUGCACUAUUAAUCUUCCGGGGCCGUCGAAUGGGGCCCGUUGUAUCAGUACUGUGCUGGUGUGGUCUCGGUCGCUUGUUGUUGAUGUUUGCUCUCAGAAUGAUAUUG